AUGACGACGACGGACGCCAGCAGCGAGCUCCGACGCAUGUCGUCGUGCUCCGUGUCCAGCAACCACGACGCGCCGCCGCCUCCCCCCACGCCCACGAACGUGCAGGUGGCGGUGCGCUGCCGGCCGCUCAACAGCCGCGAAAAGGCCGCGGGCCGCGGCGCCGUCGUGCAGUGCAAGCCCCACUCGAGCGAGGUGGCCGUGGUCAAGCGCAAGACGUACACGUUCGACCGCGUCUUCGGCCAGUACUCGACGCAGAAGGAUGUGUUCACGUCCGUGGUGCGUCCGGCGGUGGACGAGGCGCUGGCGGGCUACAACUGCACCGUGUUCGCCUACGGCCAGACGGGCACGGGCAAGACGUACACGAUGCAGGGCGACCUGUCUCCUAGCAGCGAGACGGCGGGCGUCAUCCCACGCAGCGUCCGCUGCAUCUUCGACGCGCUGGAGGCCAGCGGAGAGGAGUUCAGCGUGCGCGUGUCCUUCCUGCAGCUCUACAACGAAGAGCUCAAAGAUCUGCUGGACCCUGACACAGACAAGAAGCUGCGGCUCAUGGAGGACGCCAAGCGAGGAGGGAUCUACUGUAUGAACUUGCUCGAGGUCACGGCUACCACGGCCAAGCACGUGUACGAACUCGUGAAUACUGGCGUGAAGAACCGCAUCACGUCCGAGACGCUGAUGAACGAGAACUCGAGUCGUUCGCAUAGUAUUUUCACCAUUCGAAUCCACAGCAAGGAGCACAACGCGCCGGGAGAAGAUUUGCUGCGUGUCGGACAGCUUAAUCUGGUGGAUCUUGCUGGAUCCGAGUGUGUUGGCCGAUCGGGAGCGCGCAAUGCCAGAGCGAGAGAAGCUGGCACUAUUAACCAGAGUUUGCUUACGUUGGGACGCGUGAUCACGGCUUUGGUUGACAACCUUCCGCACGUACCGUACCGUGAUAGUAAGCUGACGCGCUUGCUGCAGGAAUCGCUUGGUGGUCGAGCAAAGACGACGAUUAUUGCAACGUUGGCCCCAUGCGCUGAUAGUCUUGACGAGACGCUGAGUACAUUGGAAUAUGCGUUCCGAGCCAAGCAUAUCAAGAAUAAGCCCGAACUGAACCAGAAGAUGACCAAGGCGGGGCUGUUGAAUGACUUUGGAAGCGAAAUUGAAACCCUCCGGGCAGCUUUGCGUGCUGCCAGACUGAAAGACGGCGUUUAUCUUCCGCUGGAGCAGUUUACGGAUAUGCAAGAAAGAUUGGGCGGUCAGGGUGUCCAACUGACGGAGCUAGAAGAGAUGCUCAAGGCAAGAAACGCUUCUUGUAAAGAGCUUGAAGAAGCUGCUGAAAAGCAUGCGAGUGAGGUCGCUGCCCUGACACAUGCAAAGCAAGAGGUGAGCAACAAAUUGACUGCUACGGAAGGCGAACUUGCUACUACAAAGGAGACGCUGGAGAGGACGACGCAGAAGUUGCAGCAAGUACAGGCAACACUGAAGGCCUAUCAGGAAAACGAGCAGAUGCUACUCGAUAAGGGUAGUGCUGCAGCGAAGCUCUACACUGACAGCGAAAAGCGGGCGGCACAGCUAGUGGCAAAGAUUGAAAACACCCAGCGAGCAGAUGAUGCAAACACAUCGCUAGCGAAUUCGUAUCGAAGUGAGUCACAGUCGCAGAUUCAGUCGUUCCUGCAGGGGUUGGCGAAGCACAAGGAAAAUCAAGAAGGAGUGUUUCAAGAUGUAUCAAAUGCUUUGCAUGAGUUGCAGACGGCUCAUGCGGCGGACUUGGAUGGCCUAUUAACAAGCCUAAAUGCACUGCAAGGCCUUGUUGAAGCGCGGAAAGCUCAGGUUAGCGAAUCAUUCGCUGAAGAUGAUGUCCAAAAGCGAGCCCAGCGUGACGAAGUGACCACAACAGUGAAAAAACAGCAGGAACGUAUGGGAAAACAGCUCGAGGAACUGGUUGAAAUGUCCAAGAACCACGCAGCAGCUAUUAUGGAAGAUCUGGCUACGUCUAAAUCUCAAAGCGUGGCAUUUCUGGAGAGCAUGCAGUCGGCGAUGGAGAGUUCACGCGAAGAGCUGAACAGCUUUCUGAUCGAGCAGAGUGAUAAGCUGUUAGAAUUGCAGGUUGCAAUCGAUAUGUCGAUCGAAAAACAAAUCAAGGAGCUUGACGAAAGCAAGGCGGCACUGACGGCAGCGCUGAAGGACAACAAUGCUCAACAACAAGAGGAGCUGAAUGGUAUGAAGGCACAUCUGGCUCAGUACGUCGAGAAGUGCAUUCACAACCAGUCACGAAAGCUUGAAGAGCAAACAAAGCUUAUCGAAAGGAGCACGAUGAAUCAGCAGAAGCAGCUCUCGCACGUCCAGAGCAUCACUGAACAAGAAAUGAAGGCCUACGUUCAGGCUAUGGGCAACCAGAACUCGAAGCACGAAAGCGAUAUGGCAGGGCUCCGCGAGGACUUGUCCGCAAUGCGAGACCAACUUGGUGACGCGAACGUGCGGCAAAGAGAUCUAAUCCAAUCACACGAGCAGCUGCAAAGGACCUGGGGCAACGAAGUUACUGCGCUGGCUAAAUCGCACACGCAGGGUAUGACGACGCUUAUGGAGAAUCACUCACAAGCAGAGAUCGCGAUAUCUACGAAGAAACAGGAGCAGUUGACUCAGUUCUUGAGCGAUCACGAGGACCUCCGCCAGCUAUUGAAUGGUGGAUGCAAGACGUUGGAAAAGGGGCUUCAAACCCAACUUUCUCACACUAGAAGCAGGGUUGAUUCAGCAUCUGCUCUUGGUAACGAGAUUGUCGGUGCAGCCACCGAGGCGUCCAACCAACAAUUGCAAGCGAUGGAGGAGUACAUGAAGAAACGGCGGAUCAAUACUCGGACGGGAGCGACACCGAUGAAGAAGGACAAUCGGCCUUUUCCAACUUUCCCGGCUACCAAGGUUCCCGUCGAUACGGAGAAUUUAUCUGGACACAAGCGAAGGAGGUUAAGCGAUGCCAGUCCCAUUGCCCCCAGCGCUGCAGUCAGCACCACCCCGUCCAAGAUCAAGAGGACAGGGUCGUCUGCACUGCACAAGAAGCCCGCAGUGGCCCAUCCGCAUAGGACCAUGAAGGUGCCCAGCACAGGCACAGCACCACGCAAGACCGCCAAGACGUCAGCACUUGCGGCACCGAAGCGGUACCGCGCCAAGUCGCCGCUAGGGUAG